GUACAAACAUACUAACACUCCAGCCAGCUAAGGUGACCUGUAGCACGGAGCUCCUUGGAAAGACAACUCUGUCAUGGAACUGUCAAAAAUAUCAGACAUGACAAAGCUCCACCAGGCUGUGGCUGCAGGGGACUGCAAUUCAGUAAAGAAGAUUUUGAAGAAAGGUCUCUGUGAUCCAAACUACAAGGACGUGGACUGGAAUGACAGGACCCCGCUUCACUGGGCUGCAGUCAGAGGGCAAAUGGAGGUGAUACAUCUGCUGAUACAGUAUGGAGCCAGACCCUGCUUGGUCACUGAUGUAGGCUGGACCGCAGCUCACUUCGCUGCUGAGUCAGGCCAUCUGAGUGUACUCAAAACUCUCCAUGCACUGCAUGCUGCCAUUGAUGCUGCUGACUUCUUUGGAGACACACCUAAGAGGAUUGCACAGAUCUAUGGUCAGAAAGCCUGUGUGGACUUCCUGGAAAAGGCAGAACCGGAAUGCAAGGAUCACCGCCGGAGAGGACUGCUGAUUGAUGAACAGGACCCAGAUUGGGACCUCAAGAAAAGGGAGCUAGAGCUGUCUCUUCCUGCCCCAAAUCAAAACACCAAGAAAAUGAAGAAGAGAGUUCGAGGCUCUACCAGGCUCAGCCAUUCCAAGGCCUGGAGACUAUGAGAAGGCAGAGCCCCCACAGACUGAAGCAGUCCUAGC